AGACAGUCACGUGAGAUUGGCUGUAUCGCACGUGCGCGCGGCGACCUCAACGACGGGGAAGGAUCCUUUCCCCUCCCGUUCUCCCAGUCCCUCCUAUAUAACCGCGUCGCCCCACUUUCCAAUCCCCCAAUUCGUCUUCCUCUCCGUCUUUCUCUCAAGGAGAAGAAGAAGAGGAGACUCCCGUUCUCCUCGCCCCCCAUCCAAAGCUUCCGGAGAUCGAUCUUCUGCUGCGAAAGAAAGAUGGGGCUUACCUUCACGAAGCUCUUCAGCCGCCUCUUUGCGAAGAAGGAGAUGAGGAUCUUGAUGGUGGGGCUUGAUGCCGCUGGUAAGACCACCAUUCUCUACAAGCUCAAGCUUGGAGAGAUCGUCACCACUAUCCCCACUAUUGGAUUUAAUGUGGAGACAGUAGAAUACAAGAAUAUUAGCUUCACUGUGUGGGAUGUUGGUGGUCAGGACAAGAUCAGACCUUUGUGGAGGCAUUACUUCCAGAACACGCAGGGCCUUAUUUUUGUUGUUGACAGCAAUGACAGAGAUCGUGUUGUUGAGGCAAGAGACGAGCUUCAUAGGAUGCUUAAUGAGGAUGAAUUACGGGAUGCUGUUUUACUUGUCUUUGCAAACAAACAAGAUCUGCCGAAUGCAAUGAAUGCUGCUGAAAUAACAGAUAAGCUUGGUCUGCAUUCCCUGCGUCAGCGACACUGGUACAUUCAGAGCACCUGUGCUACAUCUGGUGAAGGAUUGUAUGAGGGGCUUGACUGGCUGUCCAACAACAUUGCCAACAAGGUUUGAAAUUUCAAGGUGCUUGAGAGAACUACAGAAUCUUUAUUGGAAUAUUCCUCCAUAGACUACAUAUGGAUUCUUUUGGGAUAUUUAGAUCUUCAGAACUUCUAGAUUGUUAUUCACGUGGUUUGCUCUUUCUCAGUUUUCACGUUUGAAAAACUGUGGAUUUAACAAUUAUAAGUGAUGGAAAUUUGUAUUGACCACUGAAUGACUUCUAUUAUGUUUUUCUGUCCCAAUUAUUGAUAGAAUGCUUCAUCGUCAAAUUUGUGAUUUAUAGAUGGUUCUGUACUAUCUGUUUUGUCA